CAUACUGUGCCAUUAUGCUCUCUGUACAAUUUUUUCUUUUUCAACCAACUACUUAACCAUUGAGAUGGGGUAGCUCCAUCACUGCAACACAAGCAGUUCAUAGAUCGUUUUCUCCAAAUUUCUCUCUCCACAGAAUCAGAUUGAUGCUGCAAACCUGUUAAAUAUAUAUUUAUAUAUUUAUAAGGUCCUGUAUGAAUCUGUUGCACACCUAAUCACAGGUAUGGAUUUGGAAGAUGGUGCUAAAAGGGAGCUUGAGAAAGUAGUUGGUGUAAAAAAAUCAAAGGGUUUUCCUCUUGGUGGGAGUAGAACUAGUCUAGCUUCUAUGGAGUCCUUGUCCAUGCCUCAGGUUCAAGAGGUUGUUCUCUCUGCAGACAUGCAAUGUGAAAAGUGCCAGAGAAGGGUUACUGACAUCAUUGCAAAGAUGAAUGGUUUUGUUGAUCUUGAGCAGAGACAGAGUCCGUAGUGUUUAAUGUUUUGGAAAAGAAAGUGACACUUACUUUCAAAUCAGCAUCUAUGGAGAAAGUUAGCACUCGACAAAUUACUCAGAUCAACAAGAAUUCACUCCCCAAAAUUGCCAUCAUCAAACGGAUCUUUCGCUCUUCCCGAUCUUGAACAAAUAUUCAUAAUAUUUUUCUACACUCAUUUCACUAUGUACAGACCAAAAUUUCUGGAUUCAUCAUUCAAUAUGAGUUUGACAGAUGAACUGUAUUAUUCAUGACUCAAUCU